AUGGCUGAUACACUUCUUGAUCUUGCUCAAAAUGAGAUUGUGUUUUCGGAUACUUCAGCAUCUUGUGACGUGCGAUGGCAGCAUUCUGUUCCAACUAACUCAAUAGGCAUUCAAUCAAUACCAGAAAUGAAUGAUGCAUCAACACAGACAGAUCGCAGUCAAGAUGCUGAUAUUGUUGCUCUCAAAAUUGAGAAUCUGUGCUUAAAAAAUGAACUUAUGGACUUGAAAAGUAAGAAAAACAAUUCCAGUAAAAAGAAACAUUUCUCUGUAGAAGAUGUCAGUGAUGAUGAUGUGAAAUGUAAAUUUUAUACUGGGCUUACUUGGUUGCAGUUACUUUGUUUGUGGGAUUUUUUGGGUCGAGCAACAAACAAAUUGUCUUUAUGGAGCAGACCAAUGAAACAUAAUGAGGAAUCACCGUCAAAACGACCUGGUCCAAAACGGAAAUUAGAACCAAUGAACGAGUUGUUUUUAACCUUAGUUAGACUUCGUUUAGGAUUGCUACAUUCAGAUUUGGCUUAUCGUUUUGGAAUUAGUAAAGGCAAAGUCUCUAGUACUGUGAUAACUUGGGUACAGUGCAUGUUUCUUCAAUUCUGCACACUGAAAGAUUCUAUGUUCCCUUCACGAGAUAUUUUGAAGAAGUCUUUGCCAAAGUGUUUCAAAAAGUAUAAAAAUGUCAGGUCAAUCAUAGAUUGUACAGAGAUUUUUGUCCAAACAGCAACCAACUUUCAGCAACAAGGCAAUUUGUAUAGUACUUAUAAAUCUCACCCAACGUUUAAAGUUGGGAUAGUUGGGAUAGCUCCAAAUGGGGCAGUCACUUACCUGUCAGAUUUAUUUGAAGGUGCUGCGUCAGAUAGAAACAUAGUAAUUGAGUCAGGGUUUUUAGACAAAUUAGAACCAGGUGAUCUUAUUCUAGCUGACCGUGGCUUUACAAUUAGGGAUGUACUGUUUGAUAAGAAGGCUGACUUGAAUAUACCUCCUUUUCUUCAUGGGCGUGACAGGUUUACUGUGCAGGAGGAGGCAGAAACAAAACAGAUUGCCAAAGUCAGAAUUCAUGUAGAGAGGGCAAUUGAGAGAUUGAAGAAAUACAGAUUAUUUCAGAAGACAAUUCCAUUGUCGCUUGCUCCAGUAGUUUCUCAAAUGUUUUUUGUUGUUGGCUGUCUUGUGAAUUUUCAAGAGCCACUGGUUAGCUAA